AUGGACGGGACUUUUCUGCCACAUGCGCACCUGUUACAAUGGCCAUUCCCACCGGCGGAAUGGAGGGUUUCUGUCUCUGUGACAUCGGCUUUACUGGACCAUUCUGUGACGUGCCGCUUGAUUUGCAAGAAUGGAGGAACGGUUAACCAGGACAAUGAAUGCUCGUGCACACCAGGCUAUACUGGAGAGCGAUGUGAACGCUGUGCUCUCGGCCAUGUACAGGAAGGAGACCGAUGUAUCCCUGAGGUAGAAUUAGUGAAUACUUUCUCGUCUUAUACACGUGUCCGAGGCUUCGCUGGGCCUAGCAAACGGGAUCCCUUCUCGUCCAGAGCAUUUGCUUGGCCUUUCCUUCUGAUGGGAUCUGUUGCUGCUCUGGCUGUCGUUCUACUUAUCACCAUCGCCACUGCAGCAGUACGUCGAUGGAAUUCGAAGACGUCUAGGGAAAGCAGUGUUCGGGGACAGCCUGAUGCAACGGAUGUCUAG